AGGAACAUCACUAUAAUAGUGGGAGUCCUAUUAGCUGGCGUUGUCUUUGUGAUUAUAUCCUGUUAUCUGUACAAAUAUCAUCCAGCGUUUUGCAGGGCAUGUGGUCCUUGGCUAAUGCUUUGCGAAACCUGCGAUAAACCAAGCAACGGUAUCAAUCACCCUGGAAGCGUAUGUGACUUAGUUUGUUGUCUUGUUCCUGAUAGUCAGGGUGACGAUUCAGACUGCAAACCGAGCUGUGAAUGUAAUGAUUGUGGGGGUGACUGUGGGGACUGUGAUUGUGGAAACUGUGACUGUGGCAGCUGUGACUGUGGUGAUUGUGUUAUUAUGUGA